AUGGAGAACAGUUGCCACAGUGGUGCGAGACUCCUUACCCCGGGCGGCGGGUGGGCGCGACUGGCACUGCUGUUGACGCUGGUGGUCAGCUCCGUAUCUGCCGGGCCCGUGAGGGAGAGAAGAACACACCGAGCCUCCGCACACCAGCGACACACAAGCCUCGACUGGCAAAUCACACAGCAGAGGCUCAGGAGAUCAGAGCAUUACAGCAGUUCAAGCAGUAGAGGAGGAAGCAGUAGGUUCAGCAGCACCAUGGGAGAUCAGCCAGACGAGGCGGGCAGCAGUCACAGCAGUGGGCGCAGCAGCAGGAUGGCGGAUGUCCACUGGUCUCAGCCAUGCACGGGGCUCGCUCGGAACCCAAGAAAGAAGCCCCAUGAGCUCACCAAACAUAUCCUGCACGAGCUCUCCCUAGCGCAUAGCUUCCUGGGCGUCUUCAAGGACAAAUAUGCGAAGUCCGUCACUGACUCCAAGGAAGAGAACCCCUGGGACUCCCUCGUCAACAACUACACGACGUGGAUAAACUUCGAUUUUCUAACAAACACGACGCCAGCAGGAGACGUCGACGACUUCAACGCCCAGCUGCUUCACGCGUACGAGAAGAUGCAGCGCCUGGCAGUGGGCAUUGAGCAGGUGACCCUGGACCAGGCGCUCUACGAAGGGGAGUUACUGCAGGACUUUCACACUAUAGAAACUCACAUCGUCAAAAUCCUGUGUCAGCUCCACUACGCCAUGGUCCACCAGGAGUUGCAGCCCCCAGCGACGGUGACGAAGGAGAUCAUGGGCGAGAAUUACCGGGACUUGGACGGCACUUCGGAGAGGAAAAUGCGGGAUAUCAUCAUCGUGGUGGAAUACAACAAGGCCAUCAAUAACUUGGUGGAUACGUUCCUCAAAUUCAAGGAACCGUGACUCCAUCAAGUUCCUCCAUUCUGAGUCCCUUGCUGCCUUUCAUAUACCAGCCCUCCUCACCCUCGACACGUUCCUCUCCCCCUCCUCAAACAAGCGACCUCAUACAAUACUCAAGUCUCCACGGACCCACCACGGAAGAGCCGAAAGGAAAGACCCGCUGGAGGUGAAAAGUUGGAAAGUUUCGUUUAGUCGCGGCCGCUGGAGGUGACGCCGCGUUCUAUCACAAGGAGAAAUUCUACCAAACACUGAUAUGUGAUGCGAUCCCUAGGCAGAAGCAAAGUUAAACAAGGGAAAGCUAUCGAGAGUGAUCUAGCUGGAAAAUUAGUGUUCCUGGCUCCCUUUUUCCAGGCGUACAAUCCAUGGGCAUUCCUACAGUAUUCCCUAUUCUCCUGGAAGCCAAGGUCCGCCACUCGACAGGCUGGUGAAUGACGUGUUCGGUUCGGCUUUGCGGGAAACUGAACGGAAUCCCUUUUUCCAGGCGUACAAUCCAUGGGCAUUCCUACAGUAUUCCCUAUUCUCCUGGAAGCCAAGGUCCGCCACUCGACAGGCUGGUGAAUGACGCGCUUGGUUCGGCUUUGCGGGAAACUGAACGGAAGCAAAACUCGUGAGCGACCGGCCUUGCUUAUGAUUGUUGAGUCGUGUGCGUUGUUUAGACAAUAAGUAUAGUGGAAGAACAAAUGUUACUCGUUUCAAUCAUCUUUACUAAGAGUCAUUCGUGUACUUAUGCUUUCUCGGUAAUGAUUCAAGAGAAUAAACUGUGAUAUAUUUAUUCUGUAACUUAUAUAGUAUUUAUUUGUUUAUUACGUAUGUUUUAAUUACAACAACAACUGCCAGUUAUUUUGUUUACUGUUGUUAUUAUUACUGCUUAUGUUUCUACUACUACUACUACUACUACUACUACUACUACUUGUGAUAUGGAUGUAAGUAUCAUUUCCUUGGAUGAAAGAUUGAACUGUUCACUGAUUCUAAGAUUGUUGCAAGUCAAUCAGCACAUCUCUCUACUUACAUCCAUAUCACACUACUACUACUACUACUACUACUACUACUACUACUACUACUACUACUACUACGUGUGAUAUGGAUGUAAGUAUCAUUUCCUUGGAUGAAAGAUUGAACUGUUCACUGAUUCUAAGAUUGUUGCAAGUCAAUCAGCACAUCUCAAUACUUACAUCCAUAUCACACUACUACUACUACUACUACUACUACUACUACUACUACUACGUGUGAUAUGGAUGUAAGUAUCAUUUCCUUGGAUGAAAGAUUGAACUGUUCACUGAUUCUAAGAUUGUUGCAAGUCAAUCGUCACAUCUCUCUACUUACAUCCAUAUCACACUACUACUACUACUACUACUACUACUACUACUAUACGUGUGAUAUGGAUGUAAGUAUCAUUUCCUUGGAUGAAAGAUUGAACUGUUCACUGAUUCUAAGAUUGUUGCAAGUCAAUCAGCACAUCUCUCUACUUACAUCCAUAUCACACUACUACUACUACUACUACUACUACUACUACCGUCACUCGUGUGUUUGUCCAGGAGCUGUGUGUUCCUACGAAGGGUGUUAUAUCCUUUUGCUCAAAUAUCGCCAUCCUUGUCUCCCUGUAUUAGCUAUGUUCCAGUUUCCUGUGUCCCCAUCGGCUGGCUGGUCCUUUCCAUGUGCUGUUUGACCAUUUGGUACACUUCCGUUACUUGCUGAACUGUAGAUGACUUGUUGUUGUUGUAGUUGUUUAUUGUGUUAAUGUUUAGGUUUUUUUUAUUAUAUAUUUUUGGCUGGCACUGCUCAGGCGUGGUCAUUACAGGAAGUAUUAGGGGACUCUCGACAGGUGGUACCUUGAUGCGUUGAUGUCCCUUCCUCAGUAUUUCUCAUGCAUAAGAUUCUCAUAAAACCUUAAGACUCGACGGGGACUGAAUGCAAUGUUCCUGCCCAAGACAGAUCUGAUAGUUAUUAUUUUUAUUUUCGUGUUGAAAGACUAAAACCAUGUGUGUGUGUGUGUGUGUGUGUGUGUAUGUGUGUGUAUGUGGCGCACGCGUGUGAGGUUGGUCGUUUGGGUGGAAGCUGCCGGGCUCCAAAUACGGCAGCCCGCGUGUUCACUUGCGUCUCGAGGGCCGUGAGUCGCCGCCUGGUCAUAGCGGCAGGUUGUCAGCGGCGGCCGUUUUUCUGGUCCAGUUAAAAAGAAUACCACACGGACACCACCUUUCAGUAAAGUGUUGCCUCGAACUCCGUAACUUUAGAGUUUAAUUAACGUUAAUUUUCAACGAUGUGGUUUUUAAUUAACACGAAGAGGUGCCAUUCAGACUCAGUAAACUAAACUAAAACUUAUGAAUUGUAGUAAACUUAAAACUUGUGGAUUGUAGCAAACUGUAAAGAUAAAACUUGUGGUUGUGUUGAGGGCCGUCAGCUGCCUCUUAACCCAGUAGCAGCAGGGAUCAUGUUUCUUAAUGGUCCCUCUAAGCGAGAAAAAUGAGAAAAAAUCACCCCUCACACAAACCAUUUCAUAAUAUAUAUCAAUGCAUUUGUGAUCAGUUUAUGUAUCAUCUAUUUUGGGGGUUUAUAUCAUGGCACAAAUUUGGCCCGUCGCUGCUACACGGUAAAGCCACAAAUUUGGCCCGUCGCUGCUACACGGUAAAGCCACAAAUUUGGCCCGUCGCUGCUACACGGUAAAGCCACAAAUUUGGCCCGUCGCUGCUACACGGUAAAGCCACAUAUUUGGCCCGUCGCUGCUACCGGGUUAACCUAGCCAUCGUCCAGCAUUCGUGCCCUGCGAGACGAGAGUGAACACCCCGCGCCAGUCGCCUCACGCGGCCAACACCUCACGACCCAUGUGAUUCAAACUCUGGAUUCCUUGAGGACAAACUGGGCAGGGGUUUAUUUUUUUAUCAUCUUGUAAGCCUUUUCCUAAACCAGUACACACACACACACACACACACACACACACACACACAACUCUAAUCUACAUUUUACGUUUUCUUCCAUGAUUUUUUCUCUCAUAAUCUCGCCUCAGUACACACACACACACACACACACACACACACACACACACACACACACACACACCUCCUCCUCCUCCGCCUCCCAGCUCCCCAGGCCCAAAGUCUGCCUGCCAUUCCUUUCCCAGACCCUCAACAGUGGAGCAGCAGCCAAGUAGCUCUUGUGUUGUAGAUUUUUAUACCUAUAUUUAUUGUUUGUAUAUUUUAAAUAAAUUAAAUGUCCAUCCAGA